AUGAGCCUUCUUCUAAAGUGGUGGUGGCGGUAUAAAUGUGAUGGCACUGGUUUAUGGAAAAAAGUCAUAGAAUCAAUUCAUCACAAUGAGAGAGCCUGGGCAUUUUUGCCCAUAAAAGCAUCUAUACCCGGGGUUUGGAACUCGAUCAAUAAAGUGGGGAAAGACUUUGAGAAGGUAAAUAUCAGGGUUGAAAACUUAUUCAAAGGGGUUACUGGCAAUGGUUUGCAUACACGGUUCUGGCUCGACUGCUGGCUCGGGGAAACACCGCUCAGGUACACCUUUCCAAACCUGUUUGCCUUAGAAUCUAACAAAGGCUGCUCUGUUGCAGCCCGUCUAUCUGUACCGGGUAAUUUUCAGGGCGGGGGUUGGGCAUGGAAAAGAGAACCUUUGCAGGUACUGGAACGAGACGAACUGGCAGCUUGUAAUAACUUAAUCCGGACGUGCACGUUAUCAUCAGCAAGAGACGAAUGGAAGUGGCUGGCCGACUCAUCUGGAUCUUUCACAACAGCUUCAUGUCGUGACUUGUUGGCUGCAAACGCAGCCCCGUUCUAUCCAUUCAAGUGGUCAUCCUGGGUGCCAAAGAAAGUAAACAUACUAGCUUGGCGAGCGGAACAAGAUAGACUAUCAACAAUGGAAGGUCUCAUCAAAAGAAACAUCGUUCAAUCCUCUCCAUUAUGCAGCCUUUGUGGAGACUAUCCCGAAAACGCCGAUCAUCUACUAAUUCAUUGUUACGUGGCUUCAAACAUAUGGCAAAAGGUGGCGGAAUGGUGCAACAUCUCUCCAAUAUUCGCCUUCAACUUCCGAGAGCUCUUGGAAAGCAGCAACAUAAAUGGACUCAAAAAAUCAAAGAAAAAAGCUCUAUAUGCAAUCAUUCUUACAACAUGCUGGAUCAUCUGGAAAGGCAGAAAUGACAAGAUCUUUCGCGGGAAAAAAGUUAACUACGAAGAACUACUAAGCGAAAUAAAGGCACAAUCACACCUAUGGAUAACAAACAGAGCUAAAGAAAUCACAAAAGACUGGGGGAAAUGGCGCUCCUUUGACAUUUGA